GCUCAGAAACAAAACAUAAUAUCACACCCAUGUAUUGUCUUCUGUUGAACUAAUCCAUUAAAAUAGAGGCCCUUUUCCUCGUUCCAUCUCGGUCUUCAAAGAUUUGAUUAGCUUGAAGAAUUUGGAUUUGCAACAGUACUGGUCUUUCAUUGAUUAUUUACUUCACCGACUCAUUUCUUUUGUAAGCUUAACAUGGGUUUUCUUUCAGGAUCUCGAUGUCUUUCUAGCGGGGCGAGAUUAAAUGAAAUGGAAAUAUCUGAAAAUAAAUGGUCUUCAGAACUUGUAAUGGAUGAGUCUAGCUUCAUUUACGAAUGUGACAUUAGCUCAUUCAAUGAGUUUACUCCACAACGAGUAGCUCCGGCACUUGUGGGAGGCUUCCAGCAACCCCUCUCCUCAGAGAGCUAUACUUCUUACCCUCCCUUCAAUCCGGUGGAGACUCCCUCUCGGAUAGGCUUAAUCGAAAGACCGAAAAAGAUACAGAAGAUCAAUAGCUGGAACUCUCGUACCACCGAGCAGAAUCCAACUUUGGGCCCCGAUGCCUCUUCAGCAGACUCUCUUUUGUUUCGCAAUUCAGAUUCUCCUAAUGAUGAACUUAGAAGAGCAUCAGCAUCCCAAGAAAAUAUGAGAGCUCUAGUUUCUAAUGGUUCAGCACAAGAUUACGAAACACUUGUUCAACAGGGAUCAAAGAUGAUAAAGACGGGAUCAAUGCCAUCUCAAGCUCAUGAUGAGCACGUAAUUGCGGAGAGAAAGCGGAGGGAGAAGCUCAGCCUGAGAUUUAUUGAACUUUCUGCAGUUAUCCCUGGUCUUAAGAAGAGGGACAAGGCUUCUGUUCUUGAAGAGGCAGCCAAGUAUGUUAAACAACUCGAAGCGAGGGUGAAGACCAUCGAAGACCAGACUGCGAAGAGGACUGUCGAGUCCGUGGUCCUCGUCAGGAAGUCUAAGCUCUCUGCCGAUGCUGAUGGUUCAUCCUCCAGUGGGUGCCCGGCAGAAAAACCUCUUCCUGACAUUGAAGCGAUGCUUUCCGAGAAGACAGUCCUCAUAAGGAUCCACUGCAAGAACCACAGAGGAGUAUUGGCGAGGCUGGUCUCCGAGAUUGAGAACGUCCAUCUCACAGUCACUAAUGCUAGCGUCAUGCCCUUCCCCAGAUCCUCUAUCCAUAUAACAAUGACUGCAAAGGUUGAGGAGGAGUUCUCCAUGGCAUUGGGGGAACUUGUGAGGAAGCUGAACUCAGCUUUGAGCUAG